AUGGAGCAACGCUCCCAAAUCCCCGUGGGUCCGCCCGUGAAAGAUCCAUUACCAUCAUACUGGCAUGAACCCAAAUCUCCUCUCGCAAAUGUCAUAGAGCCAGAGACUGAAAAACCAACUCAAAGCUAUGACUACGCCAUCAUUGGCUCCGGGAUCUCAGGUACCAUGAUUGCCUACAAUCUUCUCAAGUCAAAUCCAGCAUCGCGUAUCGUCAUGAUUGAAGCACGUGAGAUAUGUGGUGGAGCAACAGGUCGCAAUGGCGGCCACACAAAAGCUGCAAGCUAUCGAAGUUACCUACAGCAUGUGAAAGAGCUAGGAAAAGAAGAAGCAUUGAAAAUCGCACGACUAGAGUACGCAAAUAUCGUAGAGACGCACCGCAUGACGGAAGAGUUGGGAAUCGACUGUGAAAGCGAAAUGUGCAACACCCUCGACGUAAUCUACGACAAAGCAACAUUCGACCUAGGCGUCACAGCCAUCUCCGCCCUCCGCUCCGACGCGACACCCGAAGAAAACGAACAAGGCAAAAUGGCCUUCUACAAAAUCCACUCCAACAACCCCGAGACCCGCGAGAAAUUUCACAUCGCAGCAUCCAACUCCAACCCAACCAUCCAGGCAGAGGAGAAGGUCGCCGGCGUCUUCGAAUACCUCGCCGGUCGCAUCCACGCAUACCGCUUCACAACUUCCGUCCUCAAACACUGCGUCGCCAAAGGCCUCGUGCUGUGUACGAACUCGCCCGUGCACUCCAUCCAACCUUCUUCUACUUCCUCAACGUGGUCCGUCCACACGCAAUACUCCACGCUCCCAGCGCAGCACGUCAUCCUCGCAACAAACGGGUACACGCCAUACCUGCACUCCGCGCUGCAAUCCCUCAUCGUCCCGAUGCGCGGCCAAAUCACCGCGCAGCGACCGGGUAAGGGGAAACUACCUAAGCUACUAGAGACGACGUAUUCUUUUAUCUAUCGCGAGGGGUAUGAGUAUAUGAUUCCGCGGCCGGUGGAGAAUGGAGAUGGGCAGCAUAUUAUCAUCGGUGGGGGAUUGGGGAGGUUGGAUGGUGGGGGGCAGGGCGAGUACGGGACGGUGGAUGACAGUCGGCUGAACAAUGAUAUCUCGGGGUAUCUCAAGGGCAGUUUGAAGGGGUAUUUUGGCACGGAGACGUGGGGUGACGAUAAUGAUGAAGACAGAAUUGUGCAGGAAUGGACGGGAAUCAUGGGCGCGACGGCGGAUGGGAGGCCGUUUGUGGGCGAAGUGCCUGGGAACAAGGGGCUGUGGAUAUCAGCGGGGUUCAAUGGGCAUGGGAUGGUGUUGUGUCUCAAGAGCGCGGAGGCGCUGGUUGACAUGAUAACCGGCAAGGGCGCGCCGGGGUGGUUCCCGACGAGUUUUGAAAUCAGUGCGGAGAGGAUGGAGAAGGGGCGGGGGACGUUUGGGGGGAGGAUGGAUAUGCAGGUUCCAGCGUAA